AUGGCAUCCCUCCCUCUGGUACUUGAUCUGCCUCCCAUCGCCGAUGGUAGCUCCUCCCUUCAUGCGGAUCCUCUAGUGGCUCUGAUCAAGAAGAAGCUCCCGAAGCCGAACGCAGGCGGCGGCCGGAGCCCUUCUAUCUGCAGGGUUUAUCCCGACAUGAGGAGGGUAGAGCAGGAAGCCUACGAGCCCAAGCUGGUCUCCAUCGGCCCGCUUCAUUACGGCAAGGUAAGACUGCUCCCCAUGGAACAGGUCAAACUGGAGUAUCUGCGCGACCUCCUAAAUCGUCACAACGAGAACAGCCUCGAGAACUAUAUCGCCGUAAUCCGCAGCUGCUUGCCCGCCGCCAUGGCGCAGUACUCGGAGAAUAUCGAGCUCUCUGAUGACGAAUUUGUGGAGAUGCUUGUGGUCGACGGCUGCUUCAUCAUCGAGUACUUGGCCAAGCGUAUCUUCGGCACCACGAGGGAGACUGCCCCCCUCGCCGGCGUCAGAUGGGGAUUCAGUCACCUGCGGAGGGACCUGUUGCUGCUGGAGAACCAGAUCCCGUUCUUUGUUCUAACCGAGCUAUUCAAUAAGACGACGAUCCCCAUCACCGGCAAGCGAAAGGAGCCUCUUGCUCUUAUGGAGUUGGUCCUCCUAUUCCUCAAAAUCGAGAAGCCGCCGAAGGUAAACCUCGAACCGGGCAAGGUGCUCCAUCUUCUACACGUCUAUCACCUCUGCCUGGAUCCAGAAUGCGUGGAGGAGCCCCAUCGGCGCUCAUGCGGCCAGUCGGCGAUGCUCCCACUGAAGAAAUGGAUCGAUCUGAUCUCCAUGCUUUUCUUCGCCUUCCUCUAUCUGAUUUUCAUUUGGCAGUGGCCCCCCUGGUUCGGUGCCACCAAGAAAUCGAAGGCGCCAAGAGAGAUUCCCUGCGCGACGGAGCUUCGCGCGGCGGGGAUCCAAUUCAAGAGGAAGGGAGUCCCCCGAGAAAAUAUCGCCUGCUACAUGAAGGUCUCGUUCAGAGAAGGGAUACUAGAGAUCCCUUUCCUGUCGGUGGACGAGACCACCAGCGCCCGACUGCGGAACCUCAUCGCCCUGGAGCAGUCCUGCACCAUUGUUGGAAAUCACUUCACCAGCUACUGCGUCUUCAUGGACAACAUCAUCAACACCGCCGGCGACGUUGCUAUCCUACGGAGCCGUGGCAUCCUGGAGAGCAAGCUCGGAAGCGACGGCGAGGUCGCCGACCUGUUUAACAAUCUCUGCAAGGGCACCCAUCUCAAGUACGAGAAGCACUACAAUGCCAAAACCUUCGAGCAAGUUGUGGCCUUCUGCGAAUUCGCCCCCCACAAAUGGCGGGCCAUCCUGGUGCACAACUACUUCAGCAACCCUUGGGCUAUUUUCUCCGUAUUCGCUGGCGUUCUCAUCGCUUUGGCUGCAAUCCAAGUGCACUUCACAGUCUUCCCCAGAAAGUAG